AGGCAGGGCAGCAGGCACCGGGCAACCAGGCAGGGCGGCAGACACCGGGCAAACCAGGCAGGGCGGCAGGCACCGGGCCCCCAGAUGGAGCGGCGGGCACCGGGCCAUCUGGCUCGACAGCGGGCAUCGGGUCACCAGGUACAACAGCAGGCACCGGGUCAUCAGACAUUGGAUCGUCUUGCUUGACCGCGGGCACCAGGUCAGGCAUCAGGUCAUCUGGCUCGACAGCGGGCACCGAGUCAUCUGGCA